AUGGCACAGCCACUGAAGAAGAAAGGAAAUGAGUUCUUCGUAAAGGGGGACUACGUGACGGCCGAAGACUUUUACUCACAGGCCAUCGCCGCAGAUUCACACGAUCCCACCUUCUUCACGAACCGCGCAGUGACCCGAAUCAAGCUCGGAAAGUGGCAAGAUGUCGAAACUGAUGCCCGCGCCGCAAUCAAUCUGUACGACAAGAAGGAUCCCGCCGCUCUCAAGAGCAUGGGAUAUCUCGUUGAGGCUCUAAUUGCUCUGGGUCGUCCCCAAGAAGCACAUGACGUUGCUUUGCCCGCCUACGAACUGAGUCUGAAUACCAAGCAUGCUCAGGCUGAGAAAAUCUCAGGCUUGGUGCUGCGCGCAAAGAAGGCGCUUUGGGAGGCUCGCGAAACGGCACGACUACAUGAGAUGGACGAGACAUUGAAGAGACUGGAAGAUUUGAUCACCGCCGAGCUGGCGCGCACAGAGAAAGAGCUUGCCGGGCAAUUGGAGAGGCAUGAACUUGGCGAGAGUGAAUAUCAGAAGAGUUUGAAGGCGACACAAGCAGAUGCGCAAAAGCAGAUUGAGCAUAUUCGUGAAGUUUUCCGGAUCUCGUCAAAAGGAGAAGUUCAAGAGCGGGUCGUGCCGGACUAUCUGGUCGACGGAAUCACAUUUGAAAUCAUGCACGAUCCAGUCGUGACGCCCUCAGGCACCACCUACGAUCGAGUCGGAAUCAUCAAAUACGUCGAAAAGUCCGGCGUCGAUCCGCUUACACGUGAGCCGAUGACGGUCAAGGACCUGCGCCCAAAUUAUGCACUUAAGGCGGCUUGCGAAGAGUUCCUGAGCAAGAAUGGCUGGGCUGUGGACUGGUAA